UCAACCAGUUGAGUUGAGUGAGUCGAUCGUUACGGAUGUGUUUUUCUUUCGCGGCGUAUAUUUUUUCGGUCGCCACAAGUGAUUGUGUUUGAUUGUAUAUGUGUCAUCGAGAUCUGCUAUUACGACACCCAUAACGGAAUAAAUAAAACAAAAUACAAUUUUUCUUGCUCAUUCAUGAGCUUCACUCGAGGUCUCGUAUGACGAGUCAGCAUCAGUAAAUUCGCGAGAAUUAUCAAUAUUAAGAUGUGUCGCUGGAGCAGCAAACCAGCGGUUCAUAUUUUGAUACUACUGGUGAUAACCCUAUCGGCAGGAACAGCGCGAUGCCAAGAAUCGACCAAUGGAGAGCAAGCUGAGACGGAAGGUGCCAGUAGUGGAACCGCUACGAGCCCUGGCGAUGUGAAGGACUUUCUGGUUUCGGGACUACGUUUAGAACACGAACUCGUAAAGGAGCAGGCUGAUGAACCGUCUGCCCAAGGCAACAGCGGUGAGAACUUUGUCGCCAUCCACGUGGAUGCGGUUGGGGCCAAGGAACAGCUGAAGCCAUCGCUACGGGGUCUGUCACACAUUGCCAUCACCUAUCUGCCGAAACGGUACACGUUCGGUGCGGUCCUGUCGGCAACUCGAGAAGUUGUUGCUGGAGUUCGCUACGAAUUGGUGAUACAAGCACUGGACGAAACACAACAGGAGGUUAUCUGUAAUUUGACGGUUCUGGAAAAACCUUGGUUGACGACGGAAAGUGGAGACAAGUAUCGAUUACUGGAGUACACAAACUGCACAUCAACAGAUGAUGAGGUGAUCGAGGUUGUUACCAAGUUAAAUCCUAUAUUCGAUCCCAAUCUUCGAAGCCAGCAAGAGAUGAGCCCUUCGCGAUUUAAAGAACUGGUCAAUCAGAUUAUUGUAGAGAAGCAUGCUGAAACCCGAGUGAUUACGACCACUCCCGCGGUCGAGCUGUUUGCCACCACAGGACUUUCUAGUGCUUCAGAGUUAGGAGAGUCAUCUAAGGAUGCUUUAGAUCAAUUGUUCUCUAUAGGUAAGGAGACACAUCAGCAACGUAGGUUGUCGACUGACGCCGAACAACGAAAGGAGGAAGUUAUCGAAGAUAUCAUUAUACCUAAACGAGUGGACGCUUCCUACUCGGACCUACAGACUACCGAGAUUCCGGUGGAAACGACCACCAUAACAAUCGAUCAGCAGGUACAAUCCACGUUCGAGGAGGUUUUCAAAACUCAUCGGGAAAUACAAAGAGCAUUGGAUGAAGUUAUUCAGAAAGGAGGAGGUCGUGAUAUACAGCUGAAAUAUGAACCAGUGUUUGCUUCCUUGCUUGAAAAAGUCAAGACUAGCAUCGAUACCUACUAUAAGGCAAUCAACCCGAACGGUGGGGAUGCUAAUGUGGACACAACGGCAUUUGUCGUUAGCGAUAACAUGGCAACACCACGCCUCACACCGCCAGAAACCACCGCCUCCAACCAGUCGUCAUCAAGUGACGAAGAUGAUCAACAGCAACAGCAAGUGAUUCAAACUGAUUUCGAUGGACGAAUUCCGUCCAAUGCACCAGUUCGUGAACUCUCCCCGCCCAAGAUAGACGCAGUGGUCAUGCAGUUUAGUGAUGAAAGUGACGAACAGCAACAGCAGCAGGUUGUACCGCUGGCCCGAACCCGUGCUGAAUUGGUUAGGGAAUUUAACGCAGAUGAUUCUCAGCAACGUGGCAAACGAUCGGCACGAUCUUAUUCCCACGAGCAUGAUUUCUACCAUUCGCCUUUCUUCGAUCGUUCUUCCGGAGAAUCGCAUGAACAUUACGAUAGACCGUACUAUGGACCAUCCAACAUUGGAUUCAAUCCAUACAACUACCACUUCCGUGGAAAGCGAUUCGUGAAGAUUGAUCUGGAUAGUGAUGCUGAUCAGACACAGAUCGAAAGUGUUGAGAAGUCACUGGCUGAAGCGAUCGAAAUGUUGGACCGUAUGGAUGCAGACCCGUAUAAGCGGAUUCUACUGGAACUGAUCAGCCUGAAGCGGAUCAGUCAGUUCACUAGUGCGAUCGAACAGAAGGGCGAGUUGUUCGUGGUACGGGUCGUGACUGCCAACUCGCACUGCAUAGAAGACGUGGAAGAUGUAGACAAGUGCAAGCGGCAGCUGAUCGACGGGAGCAGUAAAUUCUGCACUCUUGAGAUUCGUGUCAAAGACAAGGAAGUACGGCUGGUGAAAUCGGAGUGCGUACCGCACAAGUCCGCUGGAAUGCCCGGUGGCCAUCAGGAGAUUGAUGUGUCGGAGUUGGAACAUCAGCGUCGUAUACAGGCUGGCUUGAAGCAAUAUAACAAAGGAAAGCUAAGGUCAACCAAAUUCAUUAUUCGCUGCGGGUCGGUUCAGGUUGUAGCCGGAACAGUUCAUCGCUAUACAAUCGAUUUUCUCAAUGAAAAUGAUAAGGUCAUUAGUAACUGUAAAGUGAAGAUCUAUACCCCGCUUGGUGAUGAACCAGAAUACAAAUUUGACUGCCACGACGUGCCAUCCUCUCGAGUCGCCCGCGAUGUCGAACGUAAAAAGCUUGGUAAAGCACCAAAAAUUGAUUCGCCAGCAGAGCUAACCCCAGAAGAAUAUAAUAAACCCGAACACACGGAACGUAUUCGAGGUAUACUGUUAAGUUCGUCAGGAGACAGCAGCGAUCGCAAGUAUCGCGUUGUGGGUGCUACACAGCAGUUGGUUGCCGGAACCCUCUACACUUACAAACUAGUCUUUAACGACGAUCCGGACAAGCGCAUUUGUAAACUUACCUCUCACGAGAAACCGUGGCUGAAAGAAAAGUCUCCUGCCGAAGCUCAAAAAGUGUCUUUUUCGUGCCCCGAAGCUCCGAAGCGUCGCGUUCAACGUUCAUUUUGUGCGGGAUGUCCUUCGGCACUGUCGCCAGAAGAGUUGAAGAACACCGAACAUCUGGAACGGAUCAGUAAGAUUCUGACUGCCUCGGGUGGCAACAAUGCACAGAGUAAACCGGAAAUUCUGAACGGUACCAGUCAGGUGGUGGCCGGUUUGAAAUAUACGUACUUCGUUGCGUAUACAAUCGAUGGGACGCGCAGAAUUUGCGAGUUGACCUCCUGGGAGAGACCGUGGUUAGCCGAAUCGGACCCGAACGACGCUUACGUGUACGGAACCAAAUGCGACGGGCAGGACGAAAGCAAUGCGGUUGGAAAAUCUCGCAGCAAACGACAGACCGGUGGACGUCAUCUACUAACCGACGAAGAGCUGCAGCGGGAUGAACACAUCGAGAGAAUCAACAAGAUACUGGUGGCAUCAGGAGGAACUAAACAGGACACACCGAAAAUACUCAACGGUACAACACAGCUUGUGGCCGGUACCAGCUACACAUACUACAUUUCCUACCCGGUGGAGAAUGAAGAGCGAAUUUGCUAUCUGAACUCAUGGGAACGACCUUGGCUGGUGAGCAAGAAACCGGAUGAAGCUUACAAGUACACUUUCCGGUGCGAUGGAAGUGACGAGAAUUCCUUAAAACGAACGCGUCGCCAUGCUAAGAAAGUCGGUGGAACAAACGAACUGUCACCCGAGGACUUGCAAGACAAAAGCCAUAUCGAGCGGAUCAAAGCAGGCUUGGUGGCAUACAAUGAAGAAAAAUCCAAGUCGUAUCGAGAAUUCGAAAUCAUCAAGGGUUCCGUUCAACUGGUUGCUGGCUCAUUGUACAAGUAUACGUUCAAGGUAAACAAUGAUCCGAGCGUGAUUUGCAAAAUCUCCGUUUGGGAGCGUGUUUGGUUGGACACACAAGAUCAGCGAAAGUACAACAUAAAGUGCGAUGGAGAUGACGAUCCUGAGCUCGAACAGCAACAAACUGCAGCGAAGCGGUCGGUUCGUUCCAUUCGGCCUCGCCCAGAACACUACACACGGAGCAGUGAGCAUGCACGUCAUUUGUUCGAAAAGUUUAAACUACGUCAUAAUCGUACCUACCAAAGCAGUUUGGAACACGAGAUGCGGUUUCGCAUAUUCAAGAACAACCUCUUCCAAAUAGAACAACUGAACAAAUACGAACAGGGAACGGCCAAAUAUGGUAUUACACACUUUGCCGAUAUGACCAGUGAAGAGUACAAACAGCGAACGGGGCUGGUCGUUCCACCAGAAAAGGAACGAAAUUCAAUCCGAAAUCCGUUGGCUAGAAUUGACGAACAUAUUCAACUGCCAGAGGCUUUCGAUUGGAGGGAGCUAGGGGCUGUCUCACCGGUUAAAAAUCAAGGCUCCUGCGGAUCUUGCUGGGCUUUUAGCGUUGUAGGAAAUAUCGAAGGUUUACAUCAAAUCAAAACCAAAAAGAUGGAAGAAUAUUCCGAACAAGAACUACUUGACUGUGACACCGUCGAUAAUGCCUGUCAAGGUGGCUACAUGGAUGAUGCCUACAAAGCCAUCGAAAAAAUAGGCGGUUUGGAAUUGGAGAGCGAGUAUCCUUAUCUGGCGAAAAAACAGAAAACGUGCCAUUAUAAUGAGAGCAUGACUCAUGUUCGCAUUUCGGGAGCAGUGGAUCUUCCUAAGAACGAAACCGCCAUCGCUCAGUAUUUGGUAGCCAACGGCCCCAUUUCGAUUGCUCUGAAUGCGAACGCUAUGCAAUUUUAUCGAGGUGGUAUCUCGCAUCCAUGGCGUGCAUUAUGUAGUAAGAAGAGUCUAGACCACGGUGUGCUUAUCGUCGGAUUUGGAGUUAAGCAGUAUCCGAUGUUUAACAAAACCCUGCCAUUUUGGAUUGUGAAAAAUUCCUGGGGUCCGAAAUGGGGCGAACAGGGUUACUAUCGUGUAUACCGUGGUGACAAUACUUGCGGAAUCAGCGAGAUGGCAUCGUCCGCUGUGCUGGAGUAGACUGUACCGGGUAAAGUGGUAAGCGCGCUGAAGCGUUCUGAUUCGUAUCAAUAAGCUGGUUAAUGUACGUGUUUUACAUUGCAUAGAACUCCGGCUGCCGUUUCACAGUGGCAACCGAUUGAAGCGAACAAAUACGGUAGGGAUUUAUAUCUUUAUUACCCACUAAAUAUACAACAAUCAUAAUUAAAUUAAAUAA